CACUGUCACUUAUCAUAUGACAGUGAGUUAAAAUUUUCUAACCUGCAAAUAGGAUAGAAAUCUUUAUUUUGUUUUAUAAAAAUAAAAAAAAUAUAACAAAUAUAAAAUGAAUUUGUGCUUACGGCCCAGAAUCCUCAAAACAAGCCUAAUAAGUAAUUUAUGUCGGUUCUCCACCACAGCACCAGAAAUUACAGAACAGAGCGAACCAGUUUUUAUAGACACCGAUGAUGCCCUGGCGAGAGAAGCAGAGAUUGAGAAGAAACGCAAUAAAUCUCGGCUUUCAGAAGCCCACUACAACACCAUUCACGGACGGAAGCCAUACGAGACACCAAAAUGUAUAGCUCAUUUGACUGUAAAAUACAACAGAAAGAUGUAUGGGAAAUACGGGAGCGCCAGUGGAGUUAACCCUAGUUUAUGCUGGCCUAGCAAAGAAGACAUACAAGAAAAGCUGGAGUAUGAAGCGGUGGCAUAUCCUUUUACAAUAAAAGAAAUGAUGGAGACAGCUGCUAAGAAAAAGAGGGAUGCACAAUUAGCCAUAGAGAAAAGAGAGCAAGAAUUAGCUGUGAAGUUUGAAAAACUGGCCAUUUGGAAGAAGGAGCUUCAGGAUAGAAUUGCCAAAAAGGCAGCUGAGGUGCAAGCAGCAAAGGCCAAAAAGGAGCGUCUUGUGGAAGAAGUACGAAGACACUUUGGUUUCAAGUUAGACCCACGAGAUGAGAGGUUCCAAGAAAUGCUAGCGAAGAGAGAGAAGGAACAAAAGAAGCAGGAGAAGCAGGCCCGCAAGGAGGCUCGGGAGAACAAAAUGAUAGCUCAGAUCCAACAGAAAAGUCUAAAUAUUGAUGCAAAUUGAUUUUCUAGAUAGAUUGUAGAAUAAAAGUAAGUUAGAAAUAUAA